AUCUCGGGGGCCUGCCCCGCGCGUGCGCACUGCGGUUCUGCGCUUGUCAUCAUGGCGACGCGGGGCCAUGUGCAGGACCCUAACGACAGGCGCCUCCGGCCCAUUUACGAUUAUCUUGAUAAUGGUAAUAAUAAAAUGGCAAUUCAGCAAGCAGAUAAAUUGUUGAAAAAGCAUAAGGAUCUUCAUUGUGCUAAGGUUUUAAAAGCAAUUGGUUUACAGAGAACUGGAAAGCAAGAGGAAGCCUUCACCUUGGCGCAGGAGGUGGCAGCCCUUGAACCCACAGACGACAACUCGCUGCAGGCACUGACCAUUCUUUACCGGGAGAUGCAUCGACCGGAGUUAGUCACAAAACUUUAUGAGGCAGCUGUGAAGAAAGUUCCCAAUAGUGAGGAAUAUCACUCUCACCUCUUCAUGGCCUAUGCCAGAGUGGGCGAAUAUAAGAAAAUGCAACAGGCUGGCAUGGCUCUAUAUAAGAUUGUCCCCAAAAACCCUUACUACUUUUGGUCUGUGAUGAGCUUAAUAAUGCAAUCUAUAUCAGCGCAGGAUGAAAACCUCUCAAAAACGAUGUUUCUGCCCCUUGCUGAGAGAAUGGUAGAAAAAAUGGUAAAAGAGGACAAGAUAGAAGCAGAGGCUGAAGUUGAACUUUAUUAUAUGAUCCUAGAACGUUUGGGAAAGUACCAGGAAGCCUUGGAUGUCAUCAGAGGAAAAUUAGGAGAGAAGUUAACAAGUGAGAUUCAGAGUCGGGAAAAUAAAUGCAUGGCUAUGUACAAGAAGCUGAGCAGGUGGCCAGAGUGCAAUGCCCUUUCUCGGCGCCUCUUACUGAAAAACUCAGAUGACUGGCAGUUCUAUCUGACUUAUUUCGAUUCUGUCUUUCGACUGAUUGAAGAAGCCUGGACUCCUCCUGCUGAAGGUGAACACUCUUUAGAAGGAGAAGUACAUUAUUCUGCAGAAGAGGCUGUGAGAUUUAUAGAAGAUCGGAUAACAGAAGAAUCUAAAAGUUCUCGCCAUCUCCGAGGACCACAUCUGGCUAAACUGGAGCUGAUUAGACGUUUGCGACGUCAAGGUUUUAAUGAUGAGUACAAACUGGGUGAUCCAGAAGAAUUAAUGUUCCAGUAUUUUAAAAAGUUUGGGGAUAAACCUUGUUGUUUCACAGACCUCAAGGUGUUUGUUGACCUCUUGCCUGCUACACAGUGUACAAAAUUUAUUAAUCAGUUACUUGGAGUUGUUCCUUUGUCAACACCAACAGAGGAUAAGCUGGCACUGCCUGCUGACAUCAGAGCUCUGCAGCAACAUUUGUGUGUGGUGCAGCUGACGAGGUUACUUGGCUUGUACCACAUGAUGGAUAAAAAUCAGAAAUUGAGUGUGGUCAGAGAAUUGAUGUUAAGGUACCAGCAUGGACUAGAAUUUGGGAAAUCCUGUUUGAAAACCGAAUUGCAAUUUUCAGACUAUUACUGUCUCCUUGCUGUCCAUGUGCUUAUUGAUAUAUGGAGAGAAACAGGUGAUGAGACCGCUGUGUGGCAGGCCCUGACUUUGCUGGAAGAGGGACUAACUCACAGCCCUUCCAAUGCUCAAUUCAAAUUGCUGCUUGUUCGAAUCUACUGUAUGCUGGGGGCAUUUGAACCGGUGGUGGAUCUGUAUUCCAGCCUUGAUGCUAAGCAUAUCCAGCAUGACACCAUUGGUUACCUUUUGACCCGAUAUGCCGAAUCCCUAGGUCAGUAUGCUGCUGCAUCCCAGUCCUGUAACUUCGCGCUCAGGUUUUUCCACUCCAACCAGAAAGAUACCUCAGAAUAUAUUAUUCAAGCUUACAAAUAUGGUGCAUUUGAGAAGAUCCCAGAGUUUAUCGCUUUUAGGAACAGGCUGAAUAAUUCUCUUCAUUUUGCACAAGUCCGUACUGAACGGAUGUUGUUAGACCUUCUACUUGAAGCAAAUGUAUCAACCAGCUUAGCAGAAAGUAUAAAGUCAAUGAAUCUUCGGCCAGAAGAAGAUGACAUUCCAUGGGAAGCCUUGCGAGACAACAGAGACUUAAAUGUUUUCUUUAGCUGGGAUCCAAAAGACAGGGAUGUUUCUGAAGAACAUAAGAAACUUUCCUUGGAGGAGGAGACAAUGUGGUUAAGAAUCCGUUCCUUAACCUUGAGGCUGAUCAGUGGACUUCCAAGUCUUAACCAUUCUGUUGGGCCAGAGAACUCAGAGAAGACCACUGAGAAUGGAGUAUCCUCCCGGAUUGAUAUUUUCCGUCUGCUCCUUCAACAGCUGGAGGUGGCCCUGGAGACGGGAAAGCGAUUUAUUGAGAAGGACAUUCAGUAUCCUUUCCUUGGUCCUGUACCUACCAGAAUGGCUGGAUUCUUUAAUUCUGGCUGUUCUCAGUGUCAGACCAGCUCUUUUUAUCUUGUUAGUGAUAUUUAUGAGCUGGACAUCAAUGGUUUAGAGGAUACAAUGGAGAUCCAGGAGCGAGUAGAGAAUAGUCUUAAGUCUUUACUAGAACAGUUAAAAGAUGUCUUUAGUAAAUAUAAAGGUGAUCUCUUAGAAGUUAAAGAUGGUAACUUGAAAACACAUCCUACUCUUUUAGAAAAUCUAGUCUUCUUGGUUGAGACUAUUUCUAUUAUCCUUUGGGUGUCCAGUUACUGUGAGAGUGUCCUGCGACCAUACAAAUUAAAUUUACAGAAAAAGAAGAAGAAGAAAAAAGAAACCAGCAUCAUCAUGCCACCUGUCUUUACCAGUUUCCAAGACUAUGUUACUGGGCUUCAGACUUUAAUUUCGAAUGUUGUGGAUCAUAUUAAAGGACUUGAAACACAUCUAAUUGCACUUAAACUUGAAGAACUUAUUUUAGAAGACACUUCCCUCUCACUGGAAGAGAGAAAAUUUUCAAAGACUGUACAAGGGAAGGUGCAGAGCAGUUACCUGCACUCACUUCUGGAAAUUGGGGAGCUGCUGAAAAAAAGACUUGAGACUACAAAGAAACUAAAAAUUUAAGUUAGUGUGAACCACAAGCACUGAUGACUCUACAACAGAAAAUGACAUCAUCUUCCCAGGCAAAAGCUACAUCUGAUUGACCAUCAUUUUAAUCCAGAACUUCCUCAUAAAAUGCAUGAAGGACUUUGAUCGUGAAUUAAUUUUUUAGGUAUUAAAUGUGUACAACUGAUUAAAUUAUUGUAUAUAAACCAGAAGCGGGACCCUCAUCUGGGUUUGACCACUUUUUAUACAUGUUCAUAUGCAUAUGGCAGCCACAAGAGAACCCCACUCUUCUUCCCUUCUAUCACCAGAAACAUCUGGUGGGGUGGGGGGAAAGCAGCAAUAGAAAUUAAGCAUAAAGCAUUGACCUCAGAGCAGCUGAAUGGCCCUACCAUUAUAGCAGUGCAUGUUUUGGUCUGGUCCUUGAGCCUUAGGAAGCAGAAAGCAGAAGAAGAGGGGGACCAUGAUUGGGAGCAGGCCCUCUUUCCACAUUAGCAGUUUAGCUUUGAGGCUUCCUCAAAUGCUUGGCUCCCACAGAACCCAAGGCAGGUACCCAAAGGACCUCAGAUGAAAUUUGGCAUAAGCACCUGCCACUGAAGGACAUCACUCCGAUGCCCACAGGCUGUCGGUUUUCAGCUUAAUAAUCCCAAUGGCCAAGACAUCCCCAUCCUAGCUCCUGUGAGAGUUAAAUCAGAAGUAGCCUUCUGUUACCUUACAGCUGUUUGGAGGGGAAAGUAGUGCAGACCACUUAUAAGCCUGCUGAGGACUAGCUUGCUGUCUUUUGUCUACUUGGGAAAGAUGGGAAUCACUGUUUUAAAGAAGAGAGGUGUACAUAAUUUAUGCAGGCAAGUCUAAUACCAGUGUCAUUGGUUUUGUGAGCUAUAUAUAUAUGUAUAUGCUUUUACAUAUAUACGUAUAUUUUCAACCGUAUAUACAUGUAUAUGUAAAUGUAUAUACAUGUAUAUAUGCUUGAAAGUAAAGAUUUAAUACUCUAGUGUUUUUUAAGUGGGAGGUUUGAGAAGGAAGAAAGGAAGGAAUGUAUAUUAAUAUGGAUUUAACCUAGGUUUUAAGAUUUAGGCUGGCAAAAGAAAUGUUAUCAAUUGGGCUUGAGGUUCAGUUUACCUUUUUCAAACUUGAGAAUUAUUACCAGGAUGGUGUUUACGUUGUUCAUCUGGAGCUCCCCAAGACUAUGGCUUCAGAGGUUGGUUUGACAGAAAAGAUAAACAUUGCUCUUGAAAAUGUUACACAUUUUAUACAACUGCUUUGGUAACUUUUUUGUGUUUGAAUCUGUGCCUCUGUUUUUGGUCUUUGUUACCCAAAUACCGUUAUAAAGUUAAUAAUUCUGAAAAGCAAAGAAAUGAAUUUGAUGAGAUUCAAAUAUCUGAUGGAGGAUUGGUCUUGAAGACCUUCAAGGUCCUUUCCAACUCACUUCUCCAGUGAAAUGUGAUACUCUUUUCUUUUAAAAGCAACCAAAAAAGAGCUUGGAAAAUCUCUGUAUGCAAAGCAAUUGCAUUUUGUCCCUAUCAUUUUGACUUUCUUAGAUUCACAAUUUGGUAGGGUGAUUAAUAACUGUCUCAACUUGUAGGGAAACUUUUUUGAAAAUUACUGAAUUACAUGGUCAAAAUAAGACUUGUUGGAAAUCCUAGUCUAUCCAGUAAUUAAAAAAAACCAGUUUUGAUGUUAAUUGGUAGCCACAACUGUCAUACCCCAUCCCAAAAGAAAAGAACUGCCUUGAACAAGAUGAAUUAAAAAUUCUGAUUGAUUCUGAAUUUAACUUAAUAACAUAAUUUCAUAAAACUAUGGUCUAUUUAGAUGGAACUUUGUGUAUGGGGUUGGGGGUAUGUGUAUGGCAUGUGUUCUUGAAAUGAUGUUUCUUUGAAUAUCCAAAAAUACUAUACGUAGAAACAGAAAUGUUCUUUGAAACAAGUCUAUUAACUGACAGUGAUCGUUCUAGCAUAUGUGUGCUCAGUGGGCUGGCCUUGGUCCUCAGGGACAGUGUGUGACUCCAGUGGUCUACCUACCUAGUCUCUUGUCUAGGGGCAUCUGGGUCCUCUACUGGUUUUAGUGACAGAUAAUGUUAUGUUGGGGUUAUGCUUCCUUUGUUACAUGUUGAUUUCCCUACUAAAUGUAGCAUUUCAAUUACAUCCAACCUCUUACAUUUUGAGAUAAUUGUAAAAAGAAUGAAAUUAUGCAGAAAUGGCCAAUAUCUUUUAUUGAUCUGUUCUUUUGGAAAUUGUCAUGCACUAUAAAUUGUGUACAGUUAAAAAAAUAUAUAUAUAUACACAUAUAUUCUUACAUGAGUAAAAAGCACCCUCUCCAGCAAUUGUAUGUAAUUGGUAUUUGAAGAGAAUUCCCAAAUAACUCAUUGCUGCUGCUGCUGUUUUUAGUUUGUGUGGGUUUUUUGUUUUAUUUUGUUUUUGUGUGGAAAACUGAUAUUUAAAAAAAAGAAAAGGAAAGGAGAAAAAACACGACUACUGUUUACAGACUGAAAAAUUACUGCUUUUUAUACUACUGAGAUCCUGAGACUCUCCAAAGCAAACAUUUGGUUUAAAUCAUUUAUCUGAUGUGGAUAAAAGGUAGAGAACUUUUUAGUGUUCUCCACAUAAUGGAAAAUGUACAAAUGCCUAGCUGUGUUGCCCAUCAAUUUUGUAUAUUUUCAUAAUUUUAAUUGUUUAAAAUUGCAUUAUAUUUUGCAAUCACUAUGUUCAAUCUGGAUUUGUCUUUCAUUCUAACUUUUAAUAUAAAAAGGGGUUUCAAUGUAUCUACAGCCUUGUUAUUGAAACUCUUCCUGCUUUUUUGCUGUGAUUUAUUAAUAUGGGAAGUAUAUAUUCUUCCUUCAGAAUUAAGUGAAGCAUAGCAAAUCUAUUUAAAAUGGAUGGGUUAAUUUAUUUAAACACUUUCAUCUUAAGUUG